CAACCCAUAAGUCUAAAUAGGAAGUCUUUAGAAAACCAACCUCUGAAAAAGUGGGAACGUCUUUUGGACCCUGUUGAUAGCGAGUUGAUACCGUCCUGGUUCCCGGCGGCACACAAACCUGUUAAACUAGGCAACAGAUGGAUGGAAUAUCAAGGUUUCAGAAACUGGGAAGGUUUGCUGGACCCGCUUGAUGAUAGUUUACGUGGAGAGAUUCUACGUUAUGGAGAUUUUGUUGAAGCUGCAUAUAAGUCCUUCGACUUUGAUCCUUCAUCGUCCACCUACGCCACCUGCCGGUUCCCGAAAAGCACAUUGCUGGAGCGGUCUGGUUUGCCUGAAACGGGUUACCGUAUAACCAAACACCUUCGUGCUACUUCUGGUAUCCAACUCCCACGUUGGAUAGAAAAAGCACCUAGCUGGAUGGCUACUCCGUCUAGUUGGAUUGGCUACGUGGCAGUUUGUCAAGAUAAAGAUGAAAUUACGAGGCUUGGACGAAGGGAUGUGGUGAUGGCUUUUAGAGGCACUGCUACAUGCCUCGAGUGGCUCGAAAAUUUACGAGCCACCUUGGCCCACUUCCCGAACGUAGACACUGACAAGAGUCCUGAAAGGUACGGACCAAUGGUGGAAAGUGGUUUUUUGAGCCUUUACACUUCUGGAACCACAAUGGGCCCAAGCCUACAAGACAUGGUCCGUGAAGAGACAAAAAGGCUUCUUCAAUCCUACGGGGACGAGCCUCUUAGCUUGACCAUCACAGGUCACAGCCUGGGUGCUGCUCUGGCUAUCCUCGCUGCCUAUGACAUCAAAACAACCCUCAAAUGCGCACCACUCGUGACCGUCAUCUCCUUCGGCGGUCCACGUGUCGGAAACCGUAGUUUUCGCAAACAUUUAGAAAAACAAGGCAUAAAAGUUCUUCGGAUAGUGAAUUCCGAUGAUCUAAUAACAAAAGUACCUGGGUUUGUGAUCGACGGAGACAAUGAGGUAGCAAAAAACAAGGACGACAACGUUGCAGGCAUUCCUAGCUGGAUCCAAAAACGAGUGGAGGAGACGCAGUUGGCUUACGCAGAGGUCGGAAGAGAACUCAAACUUAGCAGCAAGGAUUCUCCAUACCUAAAUAGCGUCAAUGUCGCUAGUUGUCAUGAGCUAAAAACGUACUUGCACUUGGUGAAUGGUUUUGUGAGCUCCUCUUGUCCAUUCAGAGCCACGGCCAAAAGGGUUCCGGUUCUGACUAGAUAA